CAGCGGGGAAGGCGGCAUGGUAACGGUGCUUUAGGUCGGUGGACAGCUGAUUGUCUCCCCCCCCCUCCAACCCAAGUUAACUGCUUUUAGGGGCGUUACCCCGCGCCUCGCUGACCACGCCCCUUCCCCCAGCUCACCCGUGUGCGGAAUCCCAGAGAUGGUCCACAGUGAUUCCUCAGGGAAGAGCAGAGCGCAACUCACCCCAGCAGCACCCAGAGUUGCGCGAACGGAUACCGCCAACACCGCGGGACUGCCCUGUUAAAGAGUGACUUUACGCUUCGUUUAUCCAAGAACAGAGAGACCAACCAAAACCCACUGAGAAUACAGACAACUAAAAAAAGGAGAAGACGUGUUUUUUCAUCUGCACAUUUGUUUUCCUCUCAUCGCGGGGGGGACUGACUGUUUUUUCCUUUUUCUUGUUUCGUGCCCGCUACACCUUGAUCCAGGGGGUCUCCUGCUUUCAUCGCGCUGUGACUCCUGUCUCCUCCAACGCUGCUCGCAGCGUUUCUUCUCCCUGAACGGCUGACAUGCGGGGAGGCGCUCACCCCGGAUGCUGACAGCACCUCUACCCCCUUCCUCCCUUAUCCACAUGUCGCGUGUUUUCUGUUUACUUCGCGCGCGUAAACUAAAAGACCCAAAGUAAAAAAAAUAAAAAAGACAAGACCACGCGUCGCUUCGCCUCCGCGACAUCGAUUUUUCCGCUCUCUUGACAGCGUGAUCAAACGCCGAGAGGAGGAGAGAGGAGCAGGACUGAGUGUGGGAGCGAGGUAGAGGAGAGAGAGAGGUAGAGAGAGAGAGGGAAAGAGAGAGCGAAAGAAGGCAAGAGAGCGAGAGAGAGAGAGAGAGAGAGAGAGAGAGAGAGAGAGAGAGAGAGAGAGAGAGAGAGAGAGAGAGAGAGAGAGAGAGAGAGAGAGAGAGAGAGAGAGAGAGAGAGAGAGAGAGAGAGAGAGGGGGGGGGGAGAGAGAGAGAGAGAGAGAGAGAGAGAGAGAGAGAGAGAGAGAGAGAGAGAGAGAGAGAGAGAGAGAGAGAGAGAGAGAGAGAGAGCGCGAGAGAGGGAGACAGUGACGAUACGGUGCUCGUUUUGAUGUUUGGGAUCCAGGAGAGCAUCCAGAGGAGUGGGAGUAGUAUGAAAGAGGAGCCCAUGGUGGCCGGGAUGAACGCAGUUCGGACAUGGAUGCAGGGCGCCGGGGUGCUGGACGCCAACACAGCCGCCCAGAGCGGAGUGGGUCUUGCUCGGGCACACUUCGAGAAACAACCCCCCUCCAACCUACGGAAGUCCAACUUCUUCCACUUCGUUUUGGCUUUAUACGACCGACAGGGGCAACCGGUGGAAAUAGAAAGAACCACCUUCGUGGACUUUGUUGAAAAAGAUAAGGAAACGACGGGGGAAAAGACAAACAACGGGAUUCAUUACAGACUGCAGCUCCUCUACAGUAACGGCAUCAGGACGGAGCAGGACUUUUAUGUGCGCCUCAUUGACUCCAUGACUAAACAGGCCAUCAUCUACGAAGGCCAGGACAAAAACCCAGAGAUGUGCCGGGUCCUCCUCACCCACGAGAUCAUGUGCAGCUAA